CAGAAAGCGUGCAACCCACUGAGCAAGUCGUGUGGCGCAUUACCUAUGCACUAAUUAUAUACAUAUAUACAUAAUUCAACUAGGCACACACGUUGAUCGCGUAUCUUAAGAAAACUUGGGCAACCAAUUGCAUUGGCUUCAAAACAAGUUUUAGUAAAGAUUUGUACUUCAAACGCUACGGGUAUCGCGCUACGGUAACGCUUAAACGCAUCUACCUUCAUACUAAUAUAUAUAUAUACAGUAGUUAUCAACACAACCAUCUUUUGCAAUAUUAACGUGGUGGUUUUCGUGUUCCAGAAGAAAUGAGAUUUCUUGAAACUUCCGUAUUGCGCGCUCUUACACUAUUCGGUUGCGUUGUCGCACUGACAACUGCCGCUGUAAUUUGUAUCGAUGAAUCAUCAUUAAACAAUACACAAGGCGGAAAUGUCAACGAACUGCAGCGUAAAGCAGGUGAUGGCACGGAGGUGGACGCCGCUGUGCUAAACUUAACUGAUUCCAGCAACGAUUCCACUAAUGGCAGUCACCACGGCCAAAGUCAGGUCACACAAUUUUUGCAGACUGUACAGGAUACACUGGAGAAGGCUAAGCCUUGGGUUGUCGAAUUGGAAAAGGAAGCCAAGCGACUGGAAGAGACCGCCAAACGGUUUGGCGAAGGAGUCAUACGCGGUCUGGGCAGUUUUGUUGAUCGUUUGAUUGGUGUAGGUAACGGCAGCGGUGGUCUAAAGCCGACGCGUCAUGAACAGUCAUCAACAACAAACCCUCUACUCACCUCUACGGCAGACGAUAAAACGCCAGAUUUACCGACCACAACCGCGAAAACUGUUGUUGCUGAAGUUGUGACCGAAACUUUGGCUGCUGUGAGUGCAGUUGAUGACGCAGAGAAUGAAAUUUCUGAGCACGAUAAUGCUCUUUGCCCCGACGGCUUCGUGGCGGAUGUAAAUGGAAUCUGUCUGCGCAAUCAUAAUUGAGUUGACAAGCUAAUCGCUUAUUAACUGGAGAGAAUACAUACUCAUAUACAUACAUAUAUAAGAGGAAUAAGAUAAUCACUCGCAACAUUUAUACAAAAAACAUUCGAAGCAUAAGUAACUAAUAUACAUAUAAUGAUUUAGCAUAGGAGAUCGUGUCAUAGGGUAAGGGUAUAAUAAUAUAAAUGAGUCAAUAUGGUAACUAAAGUUUAUUGCUUGGCUGAGAUCAACAAUUUAAAAUUACUACAGACAAUGAAGUUUCAACACCUUAAAAUAUGCGUAUUGAAAUGCAACAACAAAUGUUAAAAUAUAU